GCGUCCAAGGAGGGCCGCGGCUGCAGGCCGGGCCCGCGCGCCGCGCUCUGCGGGGCGGGGGCGCUGUGCCUGGCCGCGGCGGCCGGCGCCGCCGCGGUCGCGGCGGCGGCGGCGGGCCGCCCGCCGCAUGCGGUGCCCGUGGCGGCGCAGAGCGUGCCGAACCCAGAGCUGAUAAUGCUCGAUGAGGCCUUGUAUCCGCACGCGAAGUGCAUGGAUGGCUCGCAGUACGGCUACUUCUGGCAGAAGGCCUCCGCGGAGGCCGACGCAGCGAACUGGGUGCUCUUCAUGCAGGGCGGAGGCCAGUGCAUCACGCAGGAGAUGUGCAACCGCACAUGCUCGAGCAAAGUAGGGAAGGAGUUUCUGUGCAGUAUGAAGUACUUUGGGGCGACAGCCCAACUAGUCACAAACGCCACCUGGGAGGAGAAAAUCGUUCCUAUGUCAAGUGCCUUUCUUUCGGCACACGCCUCGUUGAACCCGAUCAUGGCCACUUGGAAUCACGUCUACCUGAACUUCUGCUCUCAGGACUGGUGGACUGGCACACGUUCGGAGGCUACUAAUGAGACUUUUGGCUAUUACUUUUCUGGGCACCUCAUCAUGGAGGCUGUGAUCUCCGACAUGAAGCAGCGCGCGCAGCUCGCCAGCGCGGGCUCUGUCGUCCUCACUGGCAAGAGCAGUGGUGGGGUGGGGGUGAACUUGCACGCCGAUUGGCUGAAGGAGCAGUUGCCAAAUGUGAAGGUGUUGGCCGCCCCCAUCGCAGGAUUCUACGGCAUCCAAUAUGUAUGGCCAGACCCUGCUAAGCCUUUGUCGUUAGCUCUCAUGAACGUCGAGACUGUACCCUCCUACGUCAAGCUAUGGAGCUCCUUUUUACCGCCAGCGUGCGUCGCGUCUUUGAAGGAACGAGACGUGGAACAAUCUCUCUGCUUAUUGUCGAGCUUUGUGUCGCAGACGCAUACGGUCCCCAAAUUUGUUAUUCAAGCGCAGACCGAUACCGCUCAGCUACUGCUCAGGGGAUUCCCACCCCCUCAGGCGACCAUGGUCAAUUUCGCCACGGACAUUUCUAGCGUAUUAAAGGCUCAACACACCACCAUGAUGCCCAACCAGACCAUGGUCAACGAGAUUUACGCAAGCAUUAGGGCAGAGUACAAUGCCAACGUCACAAUGUGGUCCUUCUUGAACGCGUGGAAGAUGAACCAGACGGUCAACCUCGGCCCCGCGCUGAAAGCAGGGGAUGGCUUGUUCAGCCCAGCCUGCUUCAUCCACACCUCGUUCUUUCCGGCCACUCCUCUGAUCAAUGAGUUUUCUUACGUUACCGCCUUUAACAAGUGGUACGCAGACGGCACGGAGGUUCGACUCACGGAUGAUUGUGGUCUGUUGUGCGGGACGUGUUCUUUGUCUGCAUUGGGUCUUUCUGUGUGAAGUGUCAUGUAGGUUUACGCCACGCCCAUAUCUUUCAAACUAUGGGCGUGCUCGAUGUUUUCAGCUGAGAAGAUAUUACGGUAUCAAUUUCAUGAGGCUUUAAGCGGUAUUACUUCUCGGAACGUUUGUUCCGGUGAUGUAAUGAGCCGCGCGUGGCUCGAAGGAUGGGCAGUUUCUUUCCCCAACCAUCCUUUGGUGUUGGGUCCUCGUUGUGAAGAGACGGUCCCCGCGUUCCUCUCCUCUCCUCCUCUUGCCCUCCUCGCUCCUCAGGAGCUGUUAGGGCCCAAAACCCGAGCGAGCUCCCACAGCGCCGCAUGCCAUCACGACCAAUGAUGUGCGAGGCGUAGAGGGCGGCACGCGAGGGCCAGGGCCGACUUGGGACAGUUCCUGCAAGUCACGAUCUACUCCACCCUCCCCUAUUACAUAUCACCGCAAUGAAGCUGAUUUACCAUAACGUUCAAUGGGCAGAUUUUACGAGACUGGAGGAGAUAUCUACACAUACAAAAUGCACCGACUUUGUGAUAUGCAUAGGCACUGGACGUUGGGCGGAGAGCGCAGACAUGACGGCCACCCAAUGCCAACUGCCUAACCACAAGUGCGUACAGAUGGGCUGGCGCAAGUCGCGCGUGACUAACAACUCCUGCGGGAUUGCGGUCAUGUACGGCAAGCGCGUUCAAGGAUCGCUACAGCAGGUUGCAGUACCACCGGCAAAGCUGGGAAUCACAGGCCGCGUGGGCAUGGUGAGAUUUUCGAUGCAGGGAAUGUCGAUCGCCAUUUUCCCGAUCUACGUGCCGCCGAAGGGGAUGGCAGCAAAUACGCUGCGCCAGGUGACAAAAAGGAUUCUUCGUUGGAUAUCGGACGAGAUUGACAAACUGGGACAUGCGUGUGUACCGAUCGUGGCAGGAGAUUGGAAUUGCGGGUUCGGGUACCAAGUGGACCAGACGGGCAAGCGAUUUGUGCAACAUGACAGUGAGGAAAUUGGCACGGCCGAACUGACCCACGAAUCGCAAGUAUCUCGUCUGGCUCGGGACUUUCUGGAGGAAAAUCACCUCAGCAUGUUCGACACGUACUGGAAGACGGGACCUACCUACUUCAAAGGACCUCAUAGUACAUUCUUCUCACAAAAAUUGGGCUUAUCAGAUUCAUUCCUCAAGGAUUUAGCUGGUAACAGUUUCCAAGGUUUUGUUUUCGAUGAAGCAUGCGCGCGCCUUCCGUCGAAGAGCAUGCGCGCGCCAUCGCCUAAGUUGAAUGCGUCCAGUGAUGAUGAUGCGGUGCGCCGUAUCGUUGGAGAUCUUCUCGAGGAGCCUGGCUUUUCGGGAGCAAGCUCUGCUGCUUAGAUUUGUUUUGAUGAUGUGUGGCCCUCUCGUUGCAUGCGUGUGAUGCGCUGUUACUCGCUUGUCCGU